AUGCGCUCGCACUACGAUGCAAAGAGCUCGCCGUUAUCCAUCUCGCAGCAGACAUCCGAUUCCGCCGUGCGCGACAUGGCAUUGAGGAGAGGAAAGCCUCAAGUCGUCGUCCCAGAUUACAACAGCAAUGGCUACAUUGUUAGUCCCGUGUCACCAGUCAUUCAAGAAGAGGCGAGAAGAAAGGACAUGCGCAAAAGCAAACCUGCACGUUUGGAUCUCUCAAAGCUCUUUCCAAAGCCGAGAGGCGGCGAGGGGUCAAACCACUCUCGAGCGCUGCUCUCCCCCGCGAAGAUGGUCAACUCACCGGCAGCCCUGUCAAUAACCUCCGAGUAUCAGUUUCCAAGACCUAUGACCAGAGAUCCAACGCCAAACCCGCAGAGUCAAGUCAAACCGAAGAAGUUGCAGAGGAAACAGCAGUCAGCUCCAGAAACUCCUACCUCGCCUGUGCGAAUGCAUAAGCGCGAUGAAUAUGACAACGCUAAGAUUAACGUACGCAGACCUCCCAAGGGCGUACAACAUUGGUUUGAUGCGCUCGACGAGGAUAGCGAUGAAGCAACAGAAGGCACUGAGCAAAGUCAUGCUGUGGGAGCUGGUCGUCCAUAUGACCAUGCUGUGCAUCCCUAUAAGGCAUCCCUCGAUCAAGUCGUCUCAAGAGGUUCGACGCAGCAAGCAUCACGUUCACACUACCUGGCACCAGCAGGCAGCCGUGACACUUUUUCGCAUGAAGAUUUGGUUGAUGUCACGCGCCUCACUUCACCAAGCCAGUAUUCCUUACAGUCCACGAAGACAAAAGAGUCUGCCCUGUCGAAGCCCAACCUCCAAGACUCCAGUGUCCUAUCUUUCUCAUCAUCGGAAGAUGAGGGCGACAACGCUCGCGCUACGCAACGCACGGUACCAGUCCGCAAGAGCCUAGACAUGAACGAUGAUUCAGGAGAAAUUGUUAUUGGGCAAGCUCAAGCUUACGAAGCCUUCCGCCCCGUGGAGCAUGCGAUCAUCAACUAG